AUGUGUGCUGUUUUGUCCCUGGUGGAGCCUGUGGUGAUAGUUCAUAAGGUGGGAAACUCCUUUUUCCAGCUGGCCCUCACGCUGACGGUGUAUAACCACUCUCUACUGGAAGCAGACGGACAGCCUAACCAGGCUCAGGCAGUCUCCUCACACUUUCUCCUCAUUCACUCUGUUCUGUCCGUUCUGCUGGGAACACUGGCUAUCAUUCCACUAGGUCGUAUGGCGGAUCGCCGUGGGCCCAAAGUGCUGCUGGUGGUCCCUCAGGUGGGUUCUGUUCUCGGGAUGUGUUUCCUGCUGUUUUUUCUGCUCUGGGAGCUACCCCUCUGGUUCCUCUAUUUUGGUGCAGUAGUGUACGGCCUGUCAGGGGGGUCUCCAGCGUACUGGGCUGGGGUGGUGUCCAUGGCUGCUCUCAGCUCCAAACCCGGCCACCGCACCCUGAAGCUAAACGUGGUGGAUUUCUGUGGAGGGGUGGCAGGCGUCCUGGGGGGGCUUUUAGCGGGGUACGUGUAUGGAGGUAAGAGCGGAGUAAUUCUCGUCCUUACUGCUAUCCUCCUCAUUGUGCUGGGACUCCUCUACUCCACACUGCUCCUCUCCUUCCCCAUAUCCCCCGUUACAGAGGGCAGCCAGCCUCUGGCCCAACCUCAGGGUGACUGGAAUAUGAACACGAGAGAGGUGGUUUUACUGGUCGGCUCGAUGGUUCUGUUCAUGCUGGGUAUGGAGGGAGCAGAGAAUGUGCUCUCUCUUUAUGUUCUGAAGCCUCCGUUAGCGUGGGACUCCGUCUGGGCCGGGUACGGCCAGGCUGCCACAAACGCCAUGUACCUCACCAGCUUCCUGGGGGUUCUGGUUCUGUCUGGGCCCCUGGGGGACCAAUCCCUCUGUCUGCUGGGCAUCAUCUCCAACUGCACUGGCAUGGCUCUGAUGGCCUUUGCCACACACAGCUGGGUGUAUUUUAUGGCCAGAGCGGUAAUGCUGUUCGCCUGUGUCCCAAUGCCAACACUCAGAGCAAUGCUCUCCAAAGUCCUGGACGCUCAGCAAUACGGGCGUGUCUUUGGACUGCUGCAGCUGGUUCUGGCUGUGACUGAGGUUCUAUCGACUGUGAUCUUCACGUCUGUUUACCCUUUGACCCUGGAUUGGCAUGGGGGUCUCUGCUUCCUGCUCUCCUGUUUCAUCAGCUACCUCAGUGUCAUACCAAUACUGUACCUGAGCUAUAGAGGCAGGAGACAGGACUACACGGCUAUUUAA